AGUCGUCACUGCUAUGGAAUUGCCCACUUCAGGGUCCUGUUUAACAUGAAUAAAGAAAUACAUACAUACAUACAUAUAUAUAUAUAUAUAUGUUUUUCUGUCUUUAGAACUGUGUUUCAGUAUAAUUGGUUCUCUUAGUGACCCUCUUCAUUUUCUUUUGUGCAUUAAAAAAUAUGCUAUGAGCUGAUUCUAGAAGCUUCCAUCACCCCCCACCUGGCGCUGGGGGAUGGGCAAGGUGGAGGCUGGGUGCCAGCUGUGCACAGAGUCAAGUCUUCUGUUUGUCGUGGGAAGAAUGUGACCAGCCUGUAGGGGAGGGGGAGGAGAGGGCUGUGGGCUCUUAGGGAGACCCAGAGCAGGCCCUCCACUGCUGGCCUCAGCCUGGGCAGAGGAGGAGGUGGUCAGCCUGGAGGGCUCGGGCUAGCGUGUUUGGAAAGAGGGUGUGUGCAGGAAUGUGAAGGUGAUCUGGGUAUGUGUGUAGGGGUGGGGGGUGUGGUGAAGUCGGGGCAAGAUGCUUGGGGUAGGACCUCCUCCAUCAUCCCUGCCCUGGGGCUGGGGAGUAGAGAGGUGGUCCUUGGGGCUCGGGGAGGAAGCCAUCCAGAAAAACGUUGAAAUGCCGGGAUCCCAGAGAGUGGGGCAUGGCGGGAAAGGCCCGGGGGAGCCUUGCGGGCGGUCAGUAGCCUGCAGCAUGCGUCUGUGUUUUCCUGCUGCUGGGGAUGGGCACCCAGGGGCCUUGGUCCUUACUUCCCCCGGUGAAAUAGGCUUGUUUCCAAACAGUCCUCCGUUUUCUUGAGGGUCAGUGGGAUGGGAGACCUGGAGGCCUUUUUUUAAAAAGGGAACAAGUUCCGUUUUGGUCUCUGGUCCCUCAUGUUUGGGGAGUGGACUUAAGAGCCUGGGGUCACAGUGGCCCUCCUGUGGACUGGGGUUCGGGCCAGUGCUCCAUGGACCUCGUUGAGGGAUGGAUGGAAAAGAGCAACAGGGAGGUGAUGGCCUUGCUGAUCCACGGGGGAAAAUCUGGGGUAAAAAGAGAACAGCCUGGUCUUCUCCAGGACCCCAGAGCCUCCCCUCAUGGCAUUCCAGCGUCACUGCCCCUCCUGGAGUUUCUAGCGGAUUUGGCCUUGGUCCCCUUUCCCACAUGGGCGAGCAGUGACCCUCCUGUCAGUGUGCAGGUUUCCGCGGGUGUCCCCGGUGGAGCGAGUUCUGGGGGACGGGCCCCAGGAGAGCAGCUCCGCGGGGCCCCGGGCCCUGCAGGCCAGCCUGAGCCAGGUGCCUUCUCCCGGGGUUCCUCCGCGGGGCGCCCCGGCUCCCUCUCCCCCGCUGCCCCCGGAAGUGCGGAGGCCCGAGCUGCCUGAGCGGCACGAUUUGUUCAGGGAAGGGCUUGCUCACCCGCUCCUCCCUCUGACUCAAGUCCUAACAAGUAACCUGGCUCCCCUGGCCCGGCAGCCUGGGAGGGACGCAGGCGGGACCGGAGGGAGGAACGGCCAUCGGCCAUCAGUGUGCGGAGCGAGCCGGGUCAGAGAGCACCGGCGGCCUGGGACACCCUGAGGUGACAUGCCAGGCCCCUCAGCCCCCUGACCUGAGACAGGGGGUGUUUCCCAGACUCCUGGACUGGAACCUGGAAGCAGCUGGGGAAACUGCAGGCCACCUACACGUCCUGGCCCAGGCUGGGAAAGGUGUCAGCCCUCCCUCCUCUGUGCCCCCUCCCCCCAGAAGUCCGCCAUGGAGAGCAAGGAUGAGGUCAGCGACACGGACAGUGGCAUCAUCCUGCAGUCUGGCCCUGACAGCCCGGUGUCCCCCGCGAAGGAGCUGACCCACGCAGUCCGCAAGCAGCAGCGGGCCCUGGAGGAGCGGUUGGAGGCCUGCCUGGAAGAGCUGAGGAGACUCUGCCUGCGGGAGGCGGAGCUGACGGGCACCUUGCCAGCAGAGUAUCCCCUCAAGCCAGGGGAGAAGGCCCCCAAGGUCCGCCGGAGGAUUGGAGCCGUUUACAGACUGGACGAGCGGGCCCUGCACAGAGAGGACCCCCUGAGCGGCCUGGAGCGGGAGCUGGCCCUGCAGCUGCAGAUCGCCGAGGCGGCCCGGCGGUUGUGCCGGGAGGAGAACUUGGGCCGCCAGGCGCGCCGGCAGCGGAAGCACGCGGUGCAGCAGGAGGAGAAGAAGCUGCGGGAGCUGCAGCGCUGCCUGGGGGAGCGACGGCGCAGCAGCGGGGCCCCUCCCGCCGCCCCGGCCCCGGGCCCAGAGCUCAGCGCCUCGGAUGACAGCUCCCUGUCGGACGGGCUGCUCCUGGAGGAAGAGACACCUCAAGGGCCAAAACCUCCCCCAGAGUCCUCAGAUCCACCUCCCCGGCCUCUCCCACCCCAGAGCCUCGAGGGGCUGCAGCUGGUAGGACCUGAGACAGGGGGCCUGGAGCGGGCGCCCAUCCAGAACAGCCCCUGGAAGGAGACGAGCCUGGACCACCCCUAUGAGAAACCCAGGAGGUCUUCUGAGGCCGGAAGCGAGUCCAGCAGCCCGGCCACCACCCCGCAGGAUGGGCCCAGCGCCUCCAGCCUGUGGCUGCUGGAGCCUGCCUCCUACUACGUGGUUCCCAUCCGCAGUGUCCCCGGGCAGCGGCAGGGCCGCACCAGCGCCCCCGCCACCCCCGAGAUGCAGGGCAGGCGGGGCCAGUCCCAGUCUCUGAGAUUCUCUCCAUAAAUCACACGCAGACAGCCCUGCAGCACCAGAUUGGGAGCCAUUUUAAGCAGUGACAGCAAAAACAUUACCGACAAAAAGCACAAAGAAAUGAAAGGCAUGGCACUGAACAGACUGUGGAAAGGCCACUCGUGUGCAGUGUGAGAGCUGAACCCAGAGCUUGCAGCCUCAGCUGGGAAAGCACCUGUCAAGAAGCUCAAAAUUUUCACCACCCUGCGUGCGUCCGCAUGUGACUGCCAAAGGGCUGUGGGUGUUGAUUUUGAGGUUUCAAAUAGAUUUUAGCAGUAGGAGAAUUUGCAAACACGGAACCUGUGAAUAAUGAGAAUCCACUGCCUGCUACUUUCCACGUCCCCUGCUGUUUGGUCAGUGUCUCAGGGGCUGGGUUAGGACGGCAGUGUUAGCCGCACCAGGAGAGACAGCAGGCAGCCUCAGGCCAAUCCUGGGUCCUCCAUCAGGUUAACUUUGCCCACGGGCAGCACUGGGCUGGAGUCCAGCCGUGCAUUUUAUACUUCACAUACUGCUGGGGUCAUCUUACAAACAGGACCUUUGUUCAAGUUAGUGAAAGUCGCCCCCUCCGGACAGACAUGCCUGCGGCCCGCAUCUUGGCAGAGCGAGGCUGGAUUUCAGCGCUCCUGACUGUCCUGGGCUGGUGCCCUUGGGGAGGGCCAGCUGCACGCAGCCACCUUGUCAGAGGUGGCUGGGGCUGCCGUACAGAGCACCACAGCUGGGUGGCUGACAUUACAGAAACCACCGUCUCCCAGUCUGGAGGCUGGAAGGCCGGGAUCCGGGUGGCCAAGGACCGUUUCUCCCGAGGCCUCUCCCCUUGGCUGUAGAAGGCCAGCAGUCUCUCCCUUUAAGUGGUUGUCCAUCUGGGCCACAUGCCAGCUUCACGCCUUCAUCUCAGAUGCUGGAAGGCGUCCGUCUGGACAGAUUGAGUGUCUGAAAUGCCACUGAACACCUCGCACCAAAAUGGCUGAGAACAGAGGCAGAUGUGGCCUCCUGUACCCAAACCCGGGUGCGCAGUGCGGCGGGAGGG